UGUAUCAGUUGGAAGAGGAGCAGAUUCCCCCCUGCAGGGUGUGCAUGGCUGGACUUGCGGUCAUGGUGCUGCUGGUGUGCUGAAGGCCCCAGCUGUCACAUCAGACUACUCUGCUUCCUGACAAUUCCAGGUACCCUAGAAAGACCUCGGUGGAACGCUGGACUCAAACUGCCCAUCCUCUUGGCAAGUCAACCUCUGGUCUGUAUCUCUGUCACACCGGCUCUCCUUCUCACCAUCACAGAGCCAAGCUUGGUCCCACCACCCUCACAGGAGUGCUGGGUGGGGACGCAGGAGAGGGGUCUUCUCGGUGGUGGCUGCUCCUAGGCAACUUUGGAACUCCCUGUCUAGGGAAGCCAGACCGGCUCCCUCCUUGUUGUCCAGCUUUCUUGUUCCAACGGGCUUUUGAGAACUGACUGCUGUGAUGAUUUCUUUGGGUGGAUUCUCCUUCCUUGGAGGUUUUUAAGCAGAGGUUGAAUAGGAAUCUGUCAGCUGAGAUUCCUGGCUGGACUAGAUGACCCCUGGGAAUCCCUUCCAGCUUUUAAGAUUCUAUGAAUUCUCUCUCUCUCUCUCUCUCUCUCUCUCUCUCUCUCUCUCUCUCUCUCUCUCAUAUAUUCAAUUCUUUUUAACUUAUUGCUCAUUCCCCCUAUGCUUUAAGCUGUUUCUAUUUUAUCUGUAAAUCUCCUUGAGUCCCUGACAGAGAAAAGUGCAGGAUAUAAAUAAAUAUAAUAAUAACAAUGCUCCCAGUAUAACUCGGAGGUAGUGGGCACAGCAGGUGGAUCCGAGGGAAGCCAGGAAGAAAAUCAGAAACUGUUAUGGGGGAACAUCGGCUCCCAUCUGAUUUGAACUUGGGUCUCUCUCUCUCUCUCUCUCUCUCUCUCUCUCUCUCUCUCUCUCUCUCUUUCAAGCCACCAUAUUCAGUGAGCUCUUUUUAAUAUAUAUUCGCAUGGUUUCCAAGAACUUUCUAUGCAGGAAUCCUAUAGGAGUCAUACUGUAGGAUAAAUUUAGGAAGGAGAGGGCUAUUGAUGGUAAGGUUGCCAUAUGUCCUCAACACGCCCUCUAGAGUCAUCAUAGCGAUCCAUAGUAAAAAGUGGAAGUCUGCAAAUGUUUCCUCUUUUUUGCUCUUCAAAAUAUCACCAGCCCUGAUGGCUGUGCUCUGCCUCCACAGCUGGAGGAAGCAAUGCUUCUGAAUGCCAGUUGCUAAAAGCCACAGGAGAUGAGAGGGCUAUUGUGAUCGGAUCCUGCUUGCAGGUUUCCCAUUGAGGCAUCUGGUUGGCCACUGUGAGAACAGGAGGCUGGAAUAGAUGGGCCAUUGACCUGAUCCAGCAGAUGCUCUUCUUAAGAUCUUAUGUUGUAAACUUUCUGAUUUCCUUUCAAAGCGAGUGGCCACCGCUGCAUCUGCACAAUGGGACGGAAUUGUGCUGUUCAUGGUUCUUGCAUGUUCCAGCAGCCGACUCCAGGCAAAAGCUUGGUUUGUGACUAAGUGAAGAUUUGGAUUUCUCCUUCCCAAGCCCCAUAGAAAAGAGACUUUUUGCCACUUUCUCCCAUGAAUGGAGCACUUUUUCGCUUGCAGAAGGGUCUGCAUGGAUCUGGGCUGAAUGGGUUCCAGCUGGGCUCCUUCCUCCCUUGGGAAUGGCUUACCCUGUGUCAGGAGCGUGUUACGUGGUGCUAGCUGCGGUGGUGGUCGUUUAUGCUCAGAGGCACAGCCAGCAGGAGUCCCACAUUCACUACGCGCAGUUGGGGACUGACGUGACGCUACAGUGUGGGUCUGUAGACAGGGAUGCCGCAGUCACCUGGACGGCCAACAGUACCGACCUGGAUGCAUCCCAUCUCAACGGCUCCCGCCUCGUCCUCCGGAACGUGGACCUCUCCCACAGCGGACAGUACUCCUGCUACGAGGGCUCCUCAUGGCAUCUCAAGUACCGGGUCAACCUCAAAGUAGGAACGCCGCCCAAGGAGCCCGCAUUGAUGUGCCGGUCGAACAAUUACCCCAGCGGCUUCUACUGCAGUUGGCACCUGCCCAUCCCAACGUAUAUUCCAGACACCUUCAACAUCACCGUAAUACACGACUCCAAGGAGAUUGUGUGCGAUAUGGACGUGUCCCUCAAGAACCGGUGCUACAUCCGGUACCUUCGCCUUUUCUCCCCCAAGAAGUACAAGGUGACUUUGACGGUCACAAACGCUCUGGGCAGCAGUUCCACCUCCAUCUCUUUCGACGAGUUUGCGAUAGUAAAGCCGGACCCUCCAGAGAACGUGGUGGCUAAGCCCAUCCCCAACAUCGCCCGGAGGCUGCUGGUGACGUGGCAGUACCCUUCCUCGUGGCCCGAUCCGGAUUCCUUCCCCCUCAAGUUCUUCCUGAGGUACCGGCCCCUCAUCAUUGACCAGUGGCAACACGUGGAGCUGUCGGACGGGACGACCCACAUCAUCACCGACGCCUACGCGGGCAAGGAGUACAUCAUCCAGGUGGCAGCCAAGGACAACGAGAUUGGCACGUGGAGCGACUGGAGCGUGGCCGUGCAUGCCACGCCCUGGACCGAGGAGCCCAAGCAUCUCACCACGGAAGCCCAGGGAGCAGAGACGACGACCGCCAGCACCUCCGCCUUUGUGGUCCCCACCACCACCAGGAUCGGGAACUCGGAGGAACAAGGCAGCGAUGGAGCCAUCGCCCUGUCCUGGGUGGCUGGUCUGCUCUUGGCGGCUUUCAGCAUCCACUUUAUUUAACUCGGCCUCAGAGCCCCGCUGAGGAGGUCACCGACUCACCGGAACGUCUGUCUUUGCUUCUGUUUUGCACAUGGUCUGAAGGACGUGUUCCGUUUCUCUUCAUCGCUCCACUUCCUGGAAGGCUGAGCCGCCCCCC